GCUGUUAUUCUUACAUCUUUAACAGUCGUUACAGGUUAACGUCGCGUCGCCCAGGUAACUAACUGGGUUGAGGAGGUCAGAUAGGCAGUCGCUCCUUGUAAAACACUGGUACUUAGCUGAAGCCGGUUAGACUGGUAGCCGACCCCAACAUAGUUGGGAAAAGGCUAGGCCAAUGAUGAUCUAUUUCAGUCAUCAGUAUUUGCAAGCAGAACUAGUAGUUACAAGAAGAUGGAUCCAUAUAUCAUUAUUUUUUUGGUAUUAAGAAUGAUUAUUAAAUGUUGAAUCUCUGAAACAACAAGCCAUUGGUUUAAAUAUUUCACACAAAACAUAAGCGCUGUCCCUCACUAUAACAUUAAAGGCUAUGCAUUAAUAAUUCACCUAACCAUUACCACAAACUUUAUUCACUGUUCACACUUCAGUCCUUCACCAUGGACUUCAAAUCCCCAUGGUGGGUGAAAUACAGGAAUAGGCGGUAUAAAACAAAGAACUAUCUGACCUUCGAGAUGAUAUUAAGAAGAAGUUUUAGGGAGACAGUCCGCGAGUAUUUGUCUUGCGCCUCUAUAGCCGGGAUCAGGGAAAUAAAUAACCCGAAUAAUACUUUUUUGCACCGCGCUCUCCGCAUCGUCCUCCUCUUCGCAUCACUGGUCAACAUCAUGUACUUCCUCCAGUAUACCUGGAACUCCACCUUGGCUAACCCUCUGGUAGUGACAGGAGAGUCCUCUACUUACCCGAUCAAGGACAUCGACUUCCCAGCAAUUGCCUUUUGUAAUAUCAACAGAAUCAGUUUAAAAGCUCUUAAGCUACAUGCGGCGAAAAUGUACCCAAGAUUGUCGAAACUGAACUUCUCUCUGGCUCACCUGGAGUUCUUCUACCAGAACAUGGGCAGACUGAUAGACUUCUCUUACGAUGACACCAGGCUUUACGCGAAACUGAUGGAUGCCUUCUCUUUGAAAGAGUUCAGCGAUAUGACUGUGUUAGCUCCAAAUUGCGAAGAAACGCUGAUCAAAUGCCAAUGGGCUGGGAAGGUGGUGGACUGUAAAAAUAUCUUCGAACUUCGGAGAACUGUAUUGGGACACUGCUGCGCUUUCAACUACGUUCUAGACUAUAAUGCAGCCGUCAGCCUCCACGCAACCAUAGCCCCAGUGAAGCGUCAGACAGUACCAGGAGUGAACAAUGGUCUGCGUGUCGUCAUGGAUGCGAUGAUAGAUGACUAUGCCUUUCCAUUGACUUACAGGACUGGGUUUGAGGUACUUAUAUUUGAUCCGAUCCAUUUCGCUGACAUGACUGGUGGCAGGGUCAUACAGCGCAUGGUCCAACCAAACCAGGAGCAGUUCUUCCAAGUGGAAUCAGUGAAGCAGAUUGCGUCACCAGAGGUCCGGAAGUAUCCCUUGUCAGCGAGAAAAUGCCUCUUCCGCGAUGAAAAUGUGAAGGAAUUCCACAAUAAGUACUCGUACAGCGCCUGCCUGGUCAAGUGUAGGAUACAAUCGGUACAGUCGCUGUGUAAAUGUAUUCCCUACUUUAUGCCAACCAGCUACAAAAAUGUACCGACCUGUACGUUGAAAAAUUUAAGGUGUCUCGAUAAAUAUAGGGGUGAGUGGAGAACUCCUGCUUGUCAUUUGUUCUACCUUUUCUAUCAGCUACUGACUGAGAUCAACAGGAUCUCAGUAAUCAUAUCACUACUCACAGUAGAUUUUUGUUGAUUUGUAAGAGAGACAAAGCUAUACGUUGCAUAGCCCGGUGUCUUGCUUCCAUAAUUACCAGAUUACAUUUGCACUUAUAAUAAUUAAGAUUAGGGGAGGAGGUAGGGUAGGUAAGGAUAUUUUGUAGAUGUCUGCUAACCACAAGGGUGGUUUUACGUUUACUUUUUAUUAUUAUAUUAGUGCUUCAAUAUCAGGAAUUUAAAUAAUCCGAUUCGUGUCCGUUGAUCCCUUAUUAUCAAGUCCUAAUCUGGGGGUAAUUAAAGGGGUGCAAAGGCAACUUCUCCAUAAAAUUGUAAUUAAUACUAGAACCAUUUUAACUCGUGCUUUCAAGUGCAUAUCUAAGCUUCCUAAACUCACUUUACAUUUAACAACUUCCAGAAAAGCUGCAAUACUUGUAUCCUUUAGACUCGGAAGAUACCGAGGGCUUGGAACAAGAGCUGGUG